AUGGCUGAUCCCAUUGGCGUUGCGGGGACCGCGGUCGGGGUCGUGUCGCUCGGGCUGCAGGUGUUUGGGACCUUGAAGCAAUACCUCGACGACAUUAACUCCCGUGACGAGCAGGUCACCAAGACUCGAAGCUACCUCGAACAGCUCAAAGAGACUCUCGAUAUAAUAGAUAAUGCGACUCGGUCAUUACAAGCCGCGCACCAAACUCCCUCCAAUGUAGUCCUGUCUUGUCUUGUCUCUUGCAAAGCAGAAAUGAACACCCUCCAGGCAAAGCUACAAGAACACGGACCCCCACAACAAAUCAAUGUCAAGGAAAAAUUGAAAGAUUUCAAGAAGCGAAUUCAAUAUCCAUUCCAGAUUCACGCCAUAAAAGAAAUAGAGAACUGCCUGGAGCACAUCAUAGACAAGCUUUUGCUAGCUAUACAUGGUCUUGAGCUUCACUCGCAUCUGACAAUCAGUGGGAAUGUCGAGUCUCUGAACGAUGCUAUUAAACGCGAAGCGGCUGCGAUUCUUAACCUCGAAUCAACUACAGACACAAACAACAAACUCCUUACUGCCAAUUCCGCUCAGCUAACUAAUAUUUCUAUGAGUACUGAGCCCCUGGUACCCAUGAUCCAGGCACUCGAAUCCAAUAUAGUCACAACUCACCAACUUGUUGAUGCCAAUGCCACUCAAUUAACUAGCAUUGCCACGAGUAUUGAACCCUUGGCACCUAUGAUUGAAUCACGCUUAAUAGUGACAAGAGACCGCUUUAACAGGUUCGAAGAUCAAGUAUACACCAAUCAUUCUGUGGCCACAGAUCAGCUAGGUGUACUUAGAUCUCACGUAGAGGCCAACACGAAAGCUACGAUGGAGAUACUAGAUCUCUUAAGGCAUCUAAAUGAAAAUUCACUGCAUACAAACCAGGAGCGUAUCAUAAAGCAGCUCGUUGUGUCACUUGUGUCGAAACCCAGUCUUCUCAAAGACUCGCAUGGGUCACUCGACCUUCAACAAGAAGAGACAUCAAGUUCGAUCGCUUCUACAAUCAUCUCAAAGCACCCUAGUCCAGUAACGACAAGAAGAACGCCAGUUACAUUCAGCUGCUGCAACUGUGCGUCGUGGCGCAGUGUAAAUGAGAAGCUCACGCGUUGGCGCACGUUCUAUUUUUCCAAGAAAACGACUGCAUCGAUGCACCGCCCAGGAUGUCCACGCUACGCGCGUGAAGCGCCCGAGCAUGAAAAAACAGUGGGAAUCACCUACACCGGACUCCAGAGACUUUGUUCUGCAGCUGUAUCAGUCGGUCUAUGUCUUCGCUAUGGUGCUGGUGGCGCUAGUAUCAGUCCUAUGUUUCGAUAUCAUUAUGUAGUGGAUGAACGCCAAUCACCGCCAUUUCGUAUGAUACGUGUAUUGCGCAACUCGAUAAGUCUAGUGGAAUCCCCAAAUUCGGACAGGAUCUUAGCAGCCUUUUUGUCAUGGAUCACAGUGGCUUACGACAAACAGGUCGCUUCACCACGGGACGUUACUAUCCGCGGGGCAUCCCUGAUAGACUACUUAUUCGAAUAUGCUUCAUAUACUGAUAUUUGGGCAUAUCCACCCUCGUUUAUAUCUUCGCUCCUCAACUUUGGCGUAAACGUAACACAGCAAGAGUCGGUCUUCAGCAUUUUUUCCAACCAAUACAGUCCCUCAGAAAAAGGUUUAUAUGUCGAUGCUGUAUCCUUGGUGUUGCGGGAAUACCCCGAUCUUUGGUAUCGGCACAAUGCUACAAAUAUCGAUUUUAUAAAUUACGGAGAUGCUAUAUGCCGGUCGAGUGAGUUUUCCGUCGCACUUGAAACAGAUCUUGACCCGAUAUGCAUCGCGUUGUUGCACCAAGACUUGAAGAGAUUAUCCGAUAUUUUGGCCACGAUUAGUUCAAACUUUAGCCCGCCUGUCGCCCGAGACCUAAACAUAAAGUCAUUGGCCGAACUUGUCAUUCGGUGGCCAACGGGCUUAAAAUGCAUCUUAGAAAUGCGACCAGAUUUUAUGAACGUCGAUGUAUUAAACUCUAUCUUCCGUUAUACUAUUACAUCCAGCCGAUGGAGUCUUCUUUCAGCUGGUUCCCAUUUAGCAGAGUCGAUCAAGACUCUGCUAGAUCAUGGGUGUUAUUUGACCGAGAAAGAUGUUGAGAUAAUCUUGGAAUUUUUCAUUGGCAAGAAUGGGCAUAACACUACCCAAGUAAUGUUGCAGCACUUACGAGUAUGGCGUGAGAGGCUACGAGAAGCUCUACAAACAUAUCGGCCUAUCGACUCCCAAGAAAAUUUAUCACUGAAUAAAUCAGAGGUCCUUGAUUCCAAGGCCUCUUAUGCCAUGUCAAUUCUUCGAUCAAUAGGCCUAGACCCCUACAAGAUGUUUGGUUUGCAACGAGGGGAUUAUAGGCUCGGUUCUUCGGAGAAAGAGCCCCGAUCAAUAUUUCACCUAAUCCAUUCAUCUCAGAAUGCCCAAAUAGCUUUUGAUUUGGGUUUCCGUGAUAUAGAUGUCCCAUCUGAAGGAUUUACGCCGCUUUGCAACGCAUCUGGAAAUGAACGCUUCGGAUAUUGCACAUGGCUUCUUGACCAUGGGGCAAAUUACACCCGAAGGUUUCCGUGGACCUAUUCAUCACUGAGUCAGAGGCUACGCAGUGUGGAUGCACCUCAAUAUUUGGUGAUACAUUGGAUAUUUAGGUGCCUCGGACGAUAUUCUGAUCAGCUUUGGUAUAGUGAUGUCGAUAUAAUCGGAUAUCUUACCAGGAUAACGACGAGUGUGGUUAGAAGCUCCUGGGCUUCGUAUCUUACGGAAGCUGACUGCUAUGAUGGAUGCUCGGUGAGUGAUACCCAGUUCCAUCUUGUCCGUCUUCUACUCUAA